GUCACCGCGCACCCCGUCCUACUACUAGGAAUCCUCUCUCCCCCCUCUAUAUCCCCUUCCUCCGAAUGGAAGCGGCGCCCCACCCGCGGCAGCAACACCGGCGGCGCCGGCACGCCUAAAUGCGUCGCCCCCUCGCCGCCGCCGCCGUCCUCCGCCUCCGCCUCCUCUCCUCCUCCUCCACCACCCCGGCCCGCCUCCUCUCCCCCUCCGCUUUCCUCCUCUCCCGCCGCGACGACGACGACGGCCGCGAGGGCCCCUCCUCUUCGCCGCCCCCGCUGCCCCCGCCUGCUGCCUCGUCGUUCUCGCCCCGCCCGCUCCUCACCUCCGCCUCCGGCGCCGCGGGCCUCCUCGGCCUCCGCGGCGGUUUGUGGCGGCGGGCGCUCCCUCCCGCGGCGUCGCGGCCCCAUGGCGCCGUCGACGACGCGCCUCCCGUCCGGCUCACCAUCUCCCGCAGUUAUUCUCUGCGUGUGGCCAAGGGCAAGAAGAAGGCACAUUUUGACGAUGAGCACAGCCAUCGAGCGGUUAAUACGGCACUGUGGUGUAACUUCCUCGUCUUCUCCCUAAAGUUUGGUGUGUGGAUUACGACUUCAAGUCAUGUUAUGCUAGCUGAGCUAGUGCAUUCUGUUGCAGACUUCGCUAACCAGGCUCUUCUUGCAUAUGGUUUGAGCAGCUCAAGACGUGCUCCAGAUGCUCUACACCCCUAUGGUUAUUCAAAGGAAAGAUUUGUAUGGUCCCUAAUUUCUGCUGUUGGAAUAUUUUGCUUGGGUUCAGGUGCUACCAUUGUGCAUGGAGUUCAAAACUUAUGGAGUUCUCAGCCCCCGGAGAACAUUCACUGGGCUGCACUAGUGAUUGGUGGUUCCUUCCUAAUUGAAGGUGCUUCACUUCUUGUUGCUAUAAAGGCUGUUAGGAAAGGUGCAGAAGCAGAAGGAAUGAGUAUCAGGGAUUACAUCUGGCGUGGUCAUGAUCCAACUUCUGUUGCUGUUAUGACCGAAGAUGGUGCUGCUGUUACAGGCCUUGCUAUUGCUGCAGCAUCUUUGGUGGCUGUUCAAACGACAGGAAAUGCUAUGUAUGAUCCAAUUGGCUCAAUCAUAGUCGGCAAUUUACUGGGAAUGGUUGCUAUUUUUCUCAUUCAGAGGAACAGACAUGCUUUAAUUGGCCGGGCUAUUGAUGAUCACGACAUGCAGCGUGUCCUUGAAUUUCUUAAGUCUGAUCCGGUUGUAGAUGCUCUUUAUGAUUGCAAAAGUGAGGUGAUUGGACCUGGAUUUUUUAGAUUCAAGGCUGAAAUUGAUUUCAAUGGAGUUGUUCUGGUGCAAAAUUAUUUGGAGAGGACUGGCCGUGGAACAUGGGCCAAACAGUUCCGGGAAGCUGCAAUGUCCAAGGAUGAUACGGAGUUACUCCGGGUCAUGGCUAACUAUGGUGAGGAUGUAGUGGAAGCUCUGGGAUAUGAGGUGGAUCGUCUGGAAUCAGAGAUCCAGAAGCUUGUUCCUGGUAUCAAACAUGUUGACAUCGAAGCACACAACCCAGAAGGGCUUUCUCUUAGAGCAGAAGUUUUGUAGAUUACCUGCGUACACCGCAUUAAUUAAUCACACUUGCUGAUCACUGCCAGUUUGAUUUGUUUCUGACGGCAUUUGAUAUGUUUGCCCCUUUGUUGCUUUUCCAUCGUGGUCAAUAUAAGAAUCAGAUGGCUAUUAUUUGUAACAGAGAAGGGGAAAAAAUACCAGCCUUUUUACUCAGACCCUGUUUGGCCAAUUUUGGGAUCUAGGGCAUGGUUUUUGGA